AUGAUUAAGUGCGAGGAACAUCCGAUGAUCACUUGCGAUGAAAGAUUUUGCCUUUCCUGUUUUGCUCAUAACCACAAGCUGAUCAUUCGGGAAAAUGAUAAGCAAUGCGGUGGAAUAUUGGUGGCUCGGGUGGGGUGGGUGGUUGUUGAUCAGAUGGCUGUUGAUCUGUUCGUCGACGUGGACGACACAUUUGUGAUCAUCAAAAGGAGCGAACUGCAACGAGUGAGCCAACUGUUAAACAACGCUUUCGACGACAUCAAAUUCACAACCGGGGAAGAAAACAACGGAAAACUGGCGUUCCUGGACAUCCUCAUCGCUAGAUUGCCGAACGGACAACUACAAACUGAGGUCUUUAGAAAGGCGACACAUACGGACCAAGUCCUCAGCUACCACAGCAACCAUCCAAAUUGCCACAAACGAAGCUGCAUUCGGACACUUUUCAAGCGGAUCGAGACACACUGCAGUACAACAGAAUCCAAGAUCAAAGAAGAAAAGCGCCUAUAUAAAUUGUUUCAGAAAAAUGGAUACCCGAGGAAUUUCAUCUGGAGAACACUCAGAAAGCCAAAUAUUAUCAAUGCAACAGGACAAACUGCAAGCAAACGUGUCACACUUCCGUACAUCAAGAACACCGCUGAAAUGACGGCAAGGCUCCUACGACAGCACAAUACAAUGGUCGCCUACAAGCCUGCGAAUACUCUGCGGAGGACACUAUCAAGACCAAAGGGGAAGUUACAUCCAAUGGCGAAGAAUAAUGUCAUAUACAGGAUCCAAUGCAAGGACUGCGACAAACGAAUACACGAACACAAACUCGCCACUAAAAGACACGAUCAAUUCUCCCUCAUCUCCGCACAGAAAGACCAAGAAGGUCACGAGUUCGACUGGAACGGCGUUCGCAUACUCGCUCAAGCAAGAACGAAACGAGAACGCGAAUUUAUGGAGGCGUGCUACCACAGCAACCAUCCAAAUUGCCACAAACGAAGCUGCAUUCGGACACUUUUCAAGCGGAUCGAGACACACUGCAGUACAACAGAAUCCAAGAUCAAAGAAGAAAAGCGCCUAUAUAAAUUGUUUCAGAAAAAUGGAUACCCGAGGAAUUUCAUCUGGAGAACACUCAGAAAGCCAAAUAUUAUCAAUGCAACAGGACAAACUGCAAGCAAACGUGUCACACUUCCGUACAUCAAGAACACCGCUGAAAUGACGGCAAGGCUCCUACGACAGCACAAUACAAUGGUCGCCUACAAGCCUGCGAAUACUCUGCGGAGGACACUAUCAAGACCAAAGGGGAAGUUAGAUCCAAUGGCGAAGAAUAAUGUCAUAUACAGGAUCCAAUGCAAGGACUGCGACAAACGAAUACACGAACACAAACUCGCCACUAAAAGACACGAUCAAUUCUCCCUCAUCUCCGCACAGAAAGACCAAGAAGGUCACGAGUUCGACUGGAACGGCGUUCGCAUACUCGCUCAAGCAAGAACGAAACGAGAACGCGAAUUUAUGGAGGCGUGGUACUCCACCGAAGAAGACAUCAACAAACACAUCGAAAUUGAUCCCAUUUACCAGCCAUUAAGAGCGAGAGAACGCCAAAACCACAGAACUUAG